CUCACCGUCAAGUGCGGAACCACCACCUCCAGUAUCAAUACCAAGCUUUCAGCUACCUGCUCCAGUCAAGCGACUACUCUCUUCCAACGAAAAUGAUGCGCGUCAAACUUACUGCGCUCCUGGUUAUCCUGCUUCUGAAUGUCCUAUGCCUCCUCCAAGUUGGCGCUUCCGGUCUUCGUUCGCUGGUUGAAAACCCGCUUCUACCGGAACCCGUGCACCGUCACCUGGCCUCGUGCCCGACCACUUCUGGCGUCGACUAUCUCGGCAAUGACAUUAAAUCCGUCUCGAACGUGAAAGUGACCGACUGCUGCACGUUGUGCUCGCAAACGUCGGGCUGCGGUGCCUUCACGUGGACUGCCUACCAGGGCGGAACCUGUUGGCUGAAGAGCUCCAAGGGUAACACCGCAUCCAACGCAGCAGCCACAUCAGCAGUCCUGGUGGAGGAUCCACCCGGAUGCACGCUCAAUGAUGGCUACGACUACCCAGGCAACGAUAUCGCCAACGUGAAGAAUGGCAACGCUGGCGCGUGCUGCUCCAUCUGCUCGUCGUGGCCAGGCUGCAAAGCCUUCACCUGGACGAACAACAACGGUGGAACUUGCUGGCUUAAGAGCAAGAAAGACUCGCAGGUUUUAAAGGCGGGUGCUAAGUCGUCCGUGGUUGAUAAUACUGUGGGUGAGUGCAACAUGUUCGAGUAUGACCUCGACUACAUCGACAAUGACAUCGGCAAUACUCCAGGCAAAUCUUACACUGAUUGCUGUGGUAUCUGCCACACCUGGAGCGGCUGUCGCUCGUUCUCGUGGAGCAGCCACAACGGUGGCACAUGCUGGCUCAAGAGUGCCAGAGGUCAAACGCAGUACAAGAAGGGAGUCGUAUCGAGUAAGCUACUGGACAACCCUCCACCAAGCUGCACCCUCGAGCCCAACAAGGACUACGUGAACUACGACAUCGGCAACGUCCCGGGAGGCAAACCGGAGGACUGCUGUGAUAAGUGCCGUGCGAAGAAUGGAUGCCACGCGUUCUCGUGGAGCAACCACAACUACGGCACCUGUUGGCUCAAGAGCACCAAAGGAUCGACCAUCAACAAGAGCGGCGUCACGUCGGCUGUCGUCUACUAGGCGAGUGGACUCUGACCUGCAUUCCAUGCCCUCGCACGGCGACCUCCAAACUCAUUUACAUGUUUCUCUUUCGUUCCAGCUAAUGCCGUGCCAUUUUUUUUCCUUCCCAUUCUCGAACCAAGAACCAGCGCAAUCGUGAACUCAAGAUCGAGACCGGAGAUCUGAUAGCAAAUAACAAAAACGAAUACAUGUACCAUUUGUUCAUCACA